CCCAAACUGGAAGCAAUCUAGAUGUCCAUCAAUAGAUGAAUGGAUAAGCCAAAUUUGGUAUAUCCAUACAAUGGAAUUCUCUUCAGGCAUCAAAAGAAUGAACCGCUGACACAUGCUACAACAUGGAUAAACCCCAAAGACAUGAUGUUAAAUGAAAGAAGUCAGAUGUGAAAGUCCGUAUAUGUAUAUGAAAUGUUCAGGAUAUGCAAAUUAUUAUAGAGACAGAAAACACAUUCAUGGUUGCCUAGGGUUGAGGGUGGGAACAGGGAGAACUUCAAAUGGGCACAAGAACUCAUUUCGGCAUGAUAGAAAUGUUCCAAAACGAUGCUAUGGUAAUGGUUUCACAAAUCAAAUUUGCUAAAACUUACUGAGUCGUGUUGUUAACUGAAUUUUAUACUAUGAGAAUUAUAUCUCAAUAAAGCUGUAAACAACUAAAAUAACUCUAUAGACCUUACUGAGAUAGAUGUCAGUUGCGAGGCAUCAUCUCCCAUUUCCUGUGCAAUUCUACCUCCUUUGCGUUAGAAAGGCUUGGUUCACACGAGCCAGCUGGUGGUCUUUGAUACCUGCUCUGGGUCCCUUACCCUAAAGAAAGGACUUGAUAAUGUGAAUGACGAGUUAAUGGGUGCAGCACACCAACAUAACACAUGUAUACAUAUGUAACAAACCUGCACGUUGUGCACAUGUACCCUAGAAUUUAAAGUAUAAUAAAAAUAAAAUUAAAAAACAAAAAUGAAAGAAAGGACUUGAGCACUUUCUAAGGGCAAACUCCCUGGAGACUUUUUCAGAAAGAAGUCAACAAGGGUCCACUUAUUCUCGGGGAAGCUCAUAAAAGAAACAUUAUUGAUCUCUUGAAAGUUCAAAAGGGCCAUUUUAUGAGAUGAGAAUGAAUGACUUUCCAAUCUUUCUUACUUUUCAUUGUAGAAGUGACUUACAUUAAGAAAAAGAAAAAGCACCCAAUUCAUCAUUUUCUCAGGCCUAAGCAGUGGACAGUUCAUAGGACUAAGGGUGUGCUUUGGUACCCAAAUGAGUUGGUAGCUAAACUAGACCUUCAGCUCACCCAUUGUGACCUAGAGUUUCCUUCUGCUACGCAGACGUUGCCUCUAGGUACUACUUCUGUUUGACCAAAGAGUAUGAAUCCUUUCUCUCUUUGGUCACAAGCAAAAAGUGUGAUUUUGCAGGUGGUGGGGUUUAUGCAGUUUUAACAAAUUGCCUGACAGCCCUCAGAACACUGAGACAGGGCUAAAAUGGAAGCUCACACACAGGCAUGGUUACAUCUCACCAUGCCAUGGAGUAUAUAAAGUACACAUGAGAACACUCCCCCUGCAUUCGCGCGCGCGCACACACACACACGUGCUUAACGGAAGCAACUCAGGCAACAGGACUGGGAUGAACCCACCUGUCCUCCAGCAUUUAUGGAUGAAUUAAGUAGCAUAAACAGAAUUUAGAGGUGACACAGCUUCAGGGAGAUGCUUGAAUCCACAAUUACAGCAUCUGUCAGCAUAAGCAUUGGGCUAGAGUGUAUAAUCUGCUUUGCAUUGCUCCCAGAACUGCUGGCUAAAGUACAAGAUUAGAAUUUAAGGCACAAGAUGAUCAUAAACAGAGGGAUUGUUAGUGGGGAAGGGGUGUUGGAGAGUGAAGGUGAGGGUGACAUAAGUAGUAUUUCUAGUUGCAUACCCAUGGUCCCAGGAGCUGUGGCAGUAAACAGUGUGAGGCUAAUUUUGGCAUUGAUUUCCUUGAGGCACUGCCUCUUUCAACUGUGAUAAAGGCGUGAAAUCAAACAAAGGCAACACUUGACCUGAAAUUUUGGAGGUGGGGGGCAGAAUUAAACAGAAAUUUCCUACACUUAGAAGAUUUGAAAGGCUUCUGAAAAGAGAUACAGCCUUCCUCAUUGUAACUCCUUCUGUCUGAAAUCUGUUUGAGCAUCAGUAAGCCAGAGCAUCAGUAAGCCAGUUCGUGGAAAAUGACCCUGGAAAUGAUGUGAAGUGUGGGGUGCACUUCCAAUAGUAGAAAAUAAAUGCAUCUGCUAAGCAAAAUUGUUGUGUCACUCUACAUUUGUUCUUCAACUAACUGUAUUACUUUGUUAUGGAUGUUGUGGUUUGCACUUUCCUAAUAAAGUAGGAUCAGUCAACAUCUGAGUUUGCUCCAGUCCCUUCAGCAAACCUAGCAGUUUCUCCUGUGGCAUGUCUAACCAAAGCAAGAUGAGGCAUUGCAGAGUGACGAGGUGGCAGUGAGUUUCAGUUCUCACCACCAUCCUCACUGCCCCUGGUCAGGUCAUGGGUAUUCCUGACCCUGAAUUUUGCUCCUAUUUUUUACUUUUAUGUUCUAUCCUCCAAGGCCCAGGCCAACCACCUGCCUCUUCUGAUUCUUUUCACUAUUAUCACAAUGCACACUGACCACACUCUCUGCAGAAUUCCUGUUAUAUAGUCCGAAUCUCUAUUUUACACGUAAUUGUUCUGUAAUUCCUUCAUGGAUCUUUCGUCACUCUGACAUAGACAGUCCAUUCCUGAAGAAUGGUAAUCAUGCUUUACGCUUAUUUAUAGACCACCCAAAGCUCUUGGCACAGGGCACAUGUUUCACAGCAAUUUCCUGUCUGAUUGAAAGGCUCUGAGGAUGCAUUGCACUGCACAUAGGCCUGUGAGAUGUAAAAAGUGCAUGCUGUUCAUUUUAAGUUAGGUUAAAUAAAUGAAAGAUAAAAACACAGUGUGAUCCCAAUUUUUCAGUUUGGGUGUGUGAAUGGGUUUGUGUGUUCAUCUGUGCUAGGGGCACAGUUCUGCUGAGAGGGGUGUGUGUAUGUGUGUGUGUUGCACAGACACAAAAGACUGGGAAAAUGUGGCAAAUGUCAAUUGUGGUAUCUCUGGGUGCUAACAUCAUUAAAAAUUGCUUUUUCUUUUUACUAUUUAGCAAUUUUGUGAUGUAUGUAUAAAGAAUACUUUUUAUUUAUAUGAGGUAUGAUGUGUUUAGCAGUAUGAAGAAUGAGGUAAUGAAACUGAUAAGUGAUUAUUAUUAUAAAAGACGCAGUAUAGUGAAGUGGGAGGUUUGCAAUGAAUUGGGUUUGGUUGUCUAUUAUUCUUAAUGGGUAUAUUCCAGUGUUUCCCAAAGUGUAUUCCAGAGUACAGUAGUCCCUACCACAGGUGUUACAAUUUAAAUAAUAUGGGAAGCAGCCUCCUGGAAAUUCACAAUAUCCAUUGGCCCUGAAUAUUCCUACAGCAAAGGAAUCUGUCUGUUCUACUUGGUGUUUUCCAAAUCUAUCCAAGCGUGGAAUCUUUUUUCCUUAUAACGCCUGUUAACUGCAUUACAUUUUGUAAAACGUUGUUCUAUUUAUAGUGUGGUUAUUUUCGAAUAACAGAGUAGUGAGUUUAGUUCUAAGUGUCUUAAUUUUGUUUGUAUUUUGUUCGUAUUCCUUUGGUUUGAGGAUCCAGAGGUUACGAAGUUAGAGAACAACUUCUUUAAUCCAAAUCCAUAGAAACAGUGUAGCAAUACCAAAUUACAUGAUUUGAUGUUUUUCUCCUUCAUUGUAAAAGCCAUGCAGCCUCACUGCCUAGUUUGCUACGUUUUAAAGCUUAAUUUGCUAUAAUGAAAACAUUCAAUGAAGAAACAUGCUGUGAGCUGAAUUUAUUCAGCCUCUUUUGGAGUUCAUUCUUUCACUGGAAGUUAUUACCGUGAAACUGCAUUUUAUUUUUGUGAACUUUUUUUUCAUCUCUACAAUCAUCUUUUCAGGAUGAGUUUUUGACAGUGAUGCCAAUAGUGACAAACCCCUCUAACCUCCAACACACCUUGCAAAUUAUCCCGAUAAUGAACAGCUGCAGAUGCUAAUUCAAAAUGACAGGGGAGGAGCGCCCCCGGGACUCCCCGGGCCCGGCGGAGGCCCAGGCGCCGGCCGGGGUGGAGACCGGCGGGAGAGCGAGCCGCCGCUGCUGGACGUGCUCCCGGGCGCAGCUCAAGAAGAUCUUCUGGGGCGUGGCGGUCGUGCUGUGCGUGUGCUCCUCGUGGGCGGGCUCCACGCAGCUCGCCAAGCUGACCUUCAGGAAGUUCGACGCGCCCUUCACCCUCACGUGGUUUGCCACCAACUGGAACUUUUUAUUCUUCCCGUUGUACUACGUGGGGCACGUCUGCAAGUCCACAGAGAAGCAGUCUGUGAAGCAGAGAUACAGGGAAUGCUGUCGAUUUUUUGGAGACAAUGGCUUGACUUUGAAGGUGUUUUUUACCAAGGCAGCACCCUUUGGUGUUCUUUGGACACUCACAAACUACCUGUACUUACAUGCAAUAAAGAAAAUAAACACUACGGAUGUCUCCGUGUUGUUCUGCUGCAACAAAGCUUUUGUGUUCUUGCUCUCAUGGAUCGUUCUCAGGGACAGAUUCAUGGGAGUGAGGAUUGUGGCCGCCAUCCUCGCCAUCGCUGGCAUUGUGAUGAUGACCUACGCUGAUGGCUUCCACAGCCACUCCGUCAUCGGCAUCGCACUGGUGGUGGCCUCAGCAUCCAUGUCUGCCCUCUACAAGGUUUUGUUCAAGCUCCUCCUGGGCAGUGCUAAGUUUGGAGAAGCCGCCUUAUUUUUGUCCAUCUUGGGUGUGUUUAACAUCCUCUUCAUCACCUGCAUUCCUAUUAUCCUCUACUUUACCAAAGUGGAAUACUGGAGCUCUUUUGAUGACAUUCCAUGGGGAAAUCUUUGUGGAUUUUCAGUUCUCUUAUUGACAUUCAAUAUUGUAUUAAAUUUUGGAAUUGCUGUUACAUAUCCCACUCUGAUGUCUCUUGGAAUCGUCCUCAGCGUACCUGUGAAUGCAGUGAUUGAUCACUACACCAGUCAGAUUGUCUUCAAUGGGGUCCGGGUCAUCGCCAUCAUCAUCAUCGGCCUGGGUUUUCUCCUCCUGCUCCUGCCAGAGGAGUGGGAUGUGUGGUUGAUCAAGCUGCUGACCCGCCUCAAAGUGAGGAAGAAGGAGGAGCCUGCAGAGGGCGCUGCCGACCUGAGCUCAGGACCUCAGAGCAAGAACAGAAGAGCCCGCCCUUCCUUCGCCCGCUAACACCACUCCUCUAGAACUCGGUGGUAAUGACUGGGAGGUCUAUUCCUGCCGGGAGGAACCUCAGUUGGGUAAGGUGUACAUACCUGUACAGUUUUGGUCAUCUGCGGUAAGUUCUAUGGUAUUUAUUGGCAUGUCCAAUUUGCUUGCACUUUUCCACAUCAGACCUUCCACUAAAGGGUACCGAUUCAAUACAAAAGAGAAAAGAAGAACCUCUCAGUGCUUUUCCAACGAAUGUAAAGUGGGUUUAAAAGAUCCCUGCAUAGAUCGUUUUGGAUGGCUGACGUUCUUGACAAGUCAGGGCAAGUGUUUAGAAUCUUAGCAACUGAACAUGACAUUGUACACUGUGAUUAUUUUUCAGCUAUGGUAGGUCAUAUUUUGUUUUAUACCAGAGCUGUACUCUUAAUUUUAAGGAGUUUCAAUGAACCAAAAGAUAACUGUCAAUUUAUUUGGAUGGAUGGAUGGAGGGAUGGAAGAAGGGAGGGAAGGAUGUCUGGGAUGUGAAGUCGCAAGGCAGAAAUGGACGAUGAACAUCAAAAACUAUCAGAGGACAGGUCUGUGCCAGGUACCAGGAAGGACAAGAUAAGUCCAAGCCCCGGCUGGCCUGCUCUCAUGUGUCUGUGUAAGAUCGUGCAAGAGAAAUCACAGUGCCUUCUACAGAAUUUUCGUCUUUACCUAUGUGAAGCGAGGUGACGUGAUACGUCACUGGCGCCGUCUUAUAAUUUAGAUGUAAAAAUCUUUAGAAACAAAUAAAACUCUCUAUAUAUGUGUAUGUCUGUGUACAAAAAUGACAGAGCUGAUGGCCAGUGUAUACGGAGUGUGGCCCAGGGUGUACAAUACCCAUAUAAGGUACCUUGUGCAGGAGGGGAAUUGCUGGCUGCUUUUACUUCCUGACCAAGACUGAAAAAUUAUUUACUGAAAUCUGUAAACCUUUUUAUGAAACUUUUAAGCACCAGGCUGUUUACUUACACAAUUUAGGUCUGCCAGAAAAUUCUAUCUGUGAUAGAUCUGUAAAGAGGGUCAGGGGUUAGAGUUUACUAUUUUUGAAGUUUACAUUGUUACAUAUGAAAUGGAAACAUUGUUUUGAAAUGUUGUCAUAACCCAAUGGUGCAUUCUGUAACCAUGGAGUCUUUUGUUUCCUGGGGGAAAGGGGCAUUCAUGACCUGAAGUUUUUAGCAAAUUAUUAUUCUCAGUUUCCAUUACCUGUUUGGCCAAACAGAUUAAUAAAAUAUUUGAAAAAGAAGCA